CUUGGAUUUUCUUGGGGUUUCCCUGAGGUUUCGCUGUGGUUUCGCUGUGGUUUCGCUGUGGCUUCCUCGGAUCCUCGUUGGCUGUUCCUGGGGUCUAUCGAUACGCCGGCCCUGUUGUUUGCAUCUCGUUUGCCCGGCUGAAGCUCUCGACUGAGGACUCGAUCGUACCGAAUCCGACUUGAUCGCUCUGAUAUCCGUCCCGAUCGCAUCCGGUCGUCAACUGCACAACACUGCAACGAAAUCGCGGUCUGCCCCAACGCAUCCAUCAUGAAAGAUACUCAAAAACGCACCCGUUCGGCCGAGGCCGCCGAUCAGCCUGCCAAGAAGCAGAAGCACCUGGAUGCCAGCUCAAAGCCUACCAACACCAAUGCCAAAUCAGCCGACGCCAAAAAGUACAAAAAGAUCGUCAAGGGCCCGCAGCAAGAAUCGCACUCAAGCGCAGCUGUCAGGAAACGGAUCCGCGACACCGAGCGGCUGCUCAAACGGCCCAAUCUCGCAGCAGACGUUCGGGUCGAACUCGAACGACGCCUCCAAUCGCUCAAAUUCGAGGUCAGCGAGAACACCCAGGAGCAGAAGGAGAAGACCCUGUACGAGAAGUACAAGUACCUUCGAUUCGUGGAACAGAAAAAGGUCUCUCGGAAGCUCCGCCAGGCCGAGAAGCUUGUCGCCGAUAGCACCGAGCCGGACGAGGCACUACUACGCCAGCUGCACUACUACAAGGUGCUGAUGAACUACAUCCAGCAUUAUCCGCGGGACAUGAAAUACAUUGCUCUCUUUCCAAAGAACGAGCCCGAUGAGUCAACCGAUCCCUCUGAACUGGACGCCGAGACUGCAGGCUUUGAUGUCGAGGCGGAUACCAACAAGGAGCGACGAGCAAUCAAGAUGAAGAUAUCCGAGCUUGUUACCGAUGGCUUGAUCCAUGACGGACUGGUCCUGCGGCAAGCCGAUGUGUUCGGAUCGUCUGCAAAGGCCCCCGGAACCGGCCCCGAUGAGGGGCAGCUGCCAGCCAAAACGAAAACCAAGAAGGCGGCCGUCCCUCCUCCAGUCCUGAAGAGCAAACCAGCAACUUCCCCCGCCCCAGUUGACAAUGCGACAGACUCGAAAAAGAGCCGAAAGACCAAGAAGGCCUCCAAGUCCGCAUCGACAGAUAAAGCCGAGCAAGUCACGGCCACUCCGGUCGAAGAAAAUGAGAGCGACCAGCCGGCACUCGAAGAUACCGACGACUUUUUCUUGGGCGGCGAUGGCGGCGAUGGCGGCGAAGGAGAUGCGCCGUUGGUUAUCCCGGAUGUUGAGGACCACGAGAUCCUCGGUCUCCGUGAGAACGAGGACCAUCGGUACGGCAAGCAGAGCUCCCUGCUCGACCGGAAAAAGAAGAAGCACGGCCCUGACGGGCAGGACUGGCAGAGCGACCGCACCCGCGGCAGAACCUCGGGCCGGGGCGGGAAGAAGCAGCGGCGAUAGACACAGCCCUGUUGUGCUCUAGAUCACGAAUAUACAUGGUUAUGUCGC